GAGCCAGAGAUAGGUGAAAGCAGUGGAAGUUCCAAGAAAAAACGCAGGUUCUCCCCUGUUGUUGAUAAAAGGAACUCGACAGAUACAAACCCUCUGUGCGAGCAAGAUACAGUUGAUGAGAUACAAGAUCUCCAAGAUCUUGAGGAUUUGGAAGGCUUGCGUAUGAAGGGUAUCAAAUACACCCCCUUCAAGCUGACAAAUGAGCUGCCAAAGUGGAAACCCGGUGAUUUUUUUAAAGAUAGAGAUUUCUUCUAUAAGGUCAUUCGCCAGUACGCGAUAAUGAGCAGACGCUGUAUCGAUGUAUCCAAGAAUGAUGGCAAGAGACUUCGUGCCAUGUGUAAAGGAAAGUCUUGUGAAUGGUAUGUUUAUGCAAGGAAGAUUGAAAGCCACAAUAAUACAGAUAUUGUGGUAGUGAAUAUGCACAGAGAUCAUGCGCACACAUGCUCCCAGGUAUUGGAUAAGAGAUGACUUACGUCCCAUUGGCUAGCUGAGCGUUACAUGGAGAAAAUCAAAGCGAGUCCCCACAUCCCAUUGACGGCUAUACGGCAGUGUGUGGAUGAGGAAUUCAGGCUCAAAGUUGGCAGGAUAAAGGCGUACCACGCAAGAGACAUUGCCUUAGAAGGUAUUUUUGGCAAGGCAGGACUCCAAUAUCGCAGCCUGUUUGACUACAAAGCUGAAUUGGAGCGGACACACGCGGACUCUAGUGUGCAUAUACACUAUGAGAACUUUAGAGAUCCUGCGGCUGUGGGUACGCGAUUCUUGCGGUUUUAUACUUGCCUCGGACCGUUGAAAAAGGGUUGGAUGCGUUUUUGCCGACCGAUUAUCUUCUUGGAUGCAUGUUUCUUGCGAGGAAUGUACAGAGGCCAACUCAUGACGGCCAUGGGAAUUGAUUCAAACAACGGCUGGUGGCCUAACGCGUGGGCGGUGACUGAGGCUGAGAGUUAUGAGCAGUGGAAAUGGUUCCUCGGCUAUCUGGCAGAGGACAUCCAAUUACAGGAGAAUGCCCCACGAUUUGUCUUCAUGUCUGAUCAGCAAAAGGGUCUUGCAAAAGCCAUCCUGGAGGAUUUCCCACAGAGUGAGCAUCGCUUCUAUGUGCAGCACAUCUACAACAACUUCAAGAAGCGAUUCAUUGGGGAGAAUUUUAAGGAGAUGUUGUGGGAGCUUGCGUCAAGUACAACACACGAACAGUAUGUUCAGCGGAUGGAUGCACUGCGGGUUAUAUAUCCUCAAGCACAUCAGUACCUACUCGGGGUUGCGCCUAAAGAAAAAUGGGUGAAGGCUUAUUUCUCUCCGCAUAUUUGUUGCGAUAUCCUCAACAAUAUAUGCGAGACAUUUAAUUCGAAGAUAGCAAUUGCUCGCGAGCUGGCCAUUAUAACCAUGCUGGAGGAGAUCCGGACAAGUCAGAUGGAGAGGAUACAAAUUAAAGGCCAGUGGAUCAAGACAUACGAGCACCCACUGCCCCCCGUUAUCAAAGAGAUAGUGGAUAAGUUGUUCCUGCGGGCUUCUUCUUGGAGACCAACUUGGAACGAAGAGGAUUCGUACCAAGUUUCGGGACCGUCAGGCCAGUACGUAGUGAACAUGCUGGACUUUACUUGCUCAUGCAGAUUAUGGCAGCUUACUGGGAUCCCCUGCACUCAUGCCAUCGCUACUAUCAACAAGCUUGGGAAGGAUGUAGCAGCCUCUGUGUCCCGCUAUUAUUUGCGGUCGACAAUGACGAUUAUGUACGAGAAUGUCCUCUAUCCAAUCAAUGGGAUGGAUAAUUGGCCGAAGACCUCUGCAGUUGGAUUUGAAUUGGCACCCCCGAGGACGAAGCGACAACGUGGUCGGCCAAAGAAAGUGAGGCGUGAAGAACCCCAGGUUCGUCAGCACGCGGAUGGAUCUGAGUCUCUAAGACGAACCUUUGUACUCAGAUGUCGUCGGUGCGGACAAGAUGGGCAUAACCGAAGAACAUGCACUAAUAAUCCCCGUGUAGAUACUCGAACCGAGGUUGGACAGAGUUCACAGCCCGGUGAGCCCAGUGACAGGAUUGAGUCGUCUAACGUGGUGCAAGAUGAGGAGACAACUAUGCCGCGGAGAGAACGACCUAGCAAACGUCGGUCUGCGCGGUCAAGCCAGGAGACCAAUCCCACUGUUCCAGGGCCUAGCACACGUCGGACCAGGACUCGGCCGUAACGCUGUGGUCGUCGACGGGAUCAGGAUUGAAUAUGCGUGGUUGUCAAUCUUGUUUAUGGCUUGUAAACAAUCUUGGUUUUUGUUUGUGGCUUGUAAACAAUGGUGUCUUGAAGUCUUUCUGUCUAACAUUAAUCACAUUUUGCAUACUAUGCUUGUUAGGGAUCAUGAUGGAAACGCACUCGUAUUUUGUUUUGACUAUGAUAUAUGAGAA